CCUCCUCCCCAAUAAACUCGCAAGAUAGAGAUAGAGAGAGAAAACAGAGAAAAGAAAACCCUGGAAAUCGCCAUGAACAGAGCAGCAACAGCACCAAGAUUAGAGUUACGAACAACAGCACAACUAAUCAAACAAACCUCAGUAUCAUUCUCCACAAGUUUGUAUACAUUUUUAUUUCUAUCUUUAUUAUUAUUCUUUUUUAGAACUAGCGUUGAAAAUGGAACUUUAAUAAUAACUUCAUUCAUCGAUCGAGAUCCAUCUUUAAAAGCUCUAUUAUCUCGUAUUGAUUUAUCUGGUAGAAAUAUUAAAUCAUCGAAUACAGAAGAUAAUAGUUUCAGCAGUAGUGGUAGUACUAGUAGUGGUGGAGGAACGAGUAGAUCUAAUUUUAAUAAUAAUCGUGGGAGAAGGAGAAGAAGACCUUUUCUUCAUCUAAGUCGAGUUGGUACUUUAGAUGAUGAUUUCUUUUCUACUGAUGAUGAUAUUGAUAAUGAUAGAGGUUUGUUUGGUUUUGGUAAGAAAGGGAUGAUUAAUGUUACUACUGUGAAUUUGAGUUAUUUGUUUAGAGGAUAUUAUGAUGAUGAUGGGGUUAUGUUGAAAGAAAUUGUUGCUUCUGGUGGGUUUCAAUUUAAAGAUGAGGGUUCGGUUAUGAAUAAUGAUGGUGGAGUUGUUGGGAAUGAAGAGGAAGAAGGGGAUUUUCAGUUUUUUAUGAAGGGGUUGGAAUUGGGGCGGUUUUAUAUUUGGUAACACAUUCGUGUAUUCUUGGUGUAGUGUUCUUUGUUGUGGUGAAUAAUCAUUUAGGGAAGCAUGUUUCGUUUGUGAAAAAUAUUUGGGGAGGAUCGAAAUUGGGGGUGAGGAGGGUUUCUGGGUUUAUUAUACUUAUGAGAUGGGCUGUUAGAGAUGCAAUGACGCAACUUCUUGGUUUAUGGUUCUUUAGUGAAAUUGAAGAUCAACACUCGUUUUUCAAACUAUUUAUUAGGUUGAAAUUGAUGCCGUUUUCUGUUAUUUCUCCCUGGAUAGUGGGUUAUGAAACUCAGAUUUCGGGGUUUCUGUUUACUUGGUUUUUGUUGGAUGUUGUUGUGGCUUUAGUUUUUGCUAUUAUGGAUAUAAGAAUGAGUGGUAAAGAAAUUGUGAGGGAAGGAUGUUAUUUGAUAUCAACAAUGAUGAACCAGGCAAUUCAAUUGAAGUGUCAUGAAGCAAUUCUUUGCGGGUCUUUUGUUAUAUGGAUCUUGGUUCAUUCAUUUGGGAAUAUAUUUGCCUCGGCUUUUCAGUCGAUUGUGGAGGUUUACUUUAUGGUUGCUUGGUUGAUAUACUACUUUGCAGCUAGGUGUAGGGACACCAGUUCUGAUGGCAGGCGGUUCGGGCGAAGAGAUCUAGAAGACUAUAUUAAUGCUUUAAGAUGAUUUUCUGCAACUGCUUAGCAGGGAGAGGUUUCCAUGUAAAACUAUAAUUGUUACAAAGUGUAAACUAUAAUUUUCGGUGCAUUUUUCAAUCAGAUUCCCUGUUUGUAUGCGUCAUGCGAUGUAUCAUUGAAAGUAGCAGGCUGUGUUUCUUAAAA